CUUGCCGGCCCCUGACAGCCCCCUCCCCCCGGUGGAAGACCAGGACGACGACUACGAGGGCGCAAGUCAUGGCGGAGCAGCGAAGCCAGCGAGGGCCCUGAGCACCGCCGCAUGGAGCGGGACGAACGGCCACCUAGCGGAGGGGGAGGCGGCGGGGGCUCGGCGGGGUUCCUGGAGCCGCCCGCCGCGCUCCCUCCGCCGCCGCGCAACGGUUUCUGUCAGGAUGAAUUGGCAGAGCUUGAUCCAGGCACUAAUGGGGAGACUGACAGUUUAACACUUGGCCAAGGCCAUAUACCUGUUUCUGUUCCAGAUGAUCGAGCUGAACAACGAACAUGUCUCAUCUGUGGGGACCGUGCUACAGGCUUGCACUAUGGGAUCAUCUCCUGCGAGGGCUGCAAGGGUUUUUUCAAGAGGAGCAUUUGCAACAAACGGGUGUAUCGGUGCAGUCGUGACAAGAACUGUGUCAUGUCCCGGAAGCAGAGGAACAGAUGCCAGUACUGCCGCCUGCUCAAGUGUCUCCAGAUGGGCAUGAACAGAAAGGCUAUCAGGGAAGAUGGCAUGCCUGGAGGCCGGAACAAGAGCAUUGGACCAGUUCAGAUAUCAGAAGAAGAAAUUGAAAGAAUCAUGUCUGGACAGGAGUUUGAGGAAGAAGCCAAUCACUGGAGCAACCAUGGUGACAGCGACCACAGUUCCCCUGGGAACAGGGCUUCAGAGAGCAACCAGCCCUCACCAGGCUCCACACUGUCAUCCAGGUCUGUGGAACUAAAUGGAUUCAUGGCAUUUAGGGAUCAGUACAUGGGGAUGUCGGUGCCUCCACAUUAUCAAUACAUACCACAACUUUUUAGCUAUUCUGGCCAUUCACCACUUUUGCCCCCACAAGCUCGAAGCCUGGACCCUCAGUCCUACAGUCUGAUUCAUCAGCUGAUGUCAGCUGAAGACCUGGAGCCAUUGGGCACACCUAUGUUGAUCGAAGAUGGGUAUGCUGUGACACAGGCAGAACUGUUUGCUCUGCUUUGCCGCCUGGCCGAUGAGUUGCUCUUUAGGCAGAUUGCCUGGAUCAAGAAGCUGCCUUUCUUCUGCGAGCUCUCAAUCAAGGAUUACACGUGCCUCCUGAGCUCUACAUGGCAGGAGCUAAUCCUGCUCUCGUCCCUCACCGUUUACAGCAAGCAGAUCUUUGGGGAGCUGGCUGAUGUCACUGCCAAGUACUCACCCUCUGACGAAGAACUACACAGGUUUAGUGAUGAAGGGAUGGAGGUGAUUGAACGGCUCAUCUACCUAUAUCACAAGUUCCAUCAGCUAAAGGUCAGCAAUGAGGAGUACGCAUGUAUGAAAGCAAUUAACUUCCUGAAUCAAGAUAUCAGGGGUCUGACCAGUGCCUCACAGCUGGAACAACUGAACAAGCGGUAUUGGUACAUCUGUCAGGAUUUUACUGAAUAUAAAUAUACACAUCAGCCAAACCGCUUUCCUGAUUUGAUGAUGUGCUUGCCAGAGAUCCGAUACAUUGCAGGCAAGAUGGUGAAUGUGCCCCUGGAGCAGCUGCCCCUCCUCUUUAAGGUUGUCCUGCACUCCUGCAAGACAAGUACAGUGAAGGAGUGACCUGUGCCCUGCACCUCCUCCGGCCACCCACAGUGCCUUGGCAGAUUCCACAGAACAAAGAGCCCAUUCAUUGCCAAGAGCCCUGCAGAAUCUCUGAGCCAAGUGGCUGUGUGUUCCGAGCUGGAGCCUGACCUGUGGACCGCCUUUAAUGUCUUCUGUACCCAGUCCUUUUAUGACAUGGGCUUCUUUUAAACAGGGUAAAGUAAAUGUGCUGCAUUGCAAACUCAGGUAUUAUAAGGAGAAGGUAGGAGUGUAGCUAGCAGCGUGGAGACAUUAGGUCAGCCACUAGAUGUAUUUGUGAUUUUGGUUUGAAGGACACAGAGAAAGGUUGGAGGAGGAGGUUUGGUAUGCUUGUUUUUUUUGCCUUUUUUCCUAUAAUGUUUGGUUAACAGGCAGCCUUUUAGCUAGUGGACGAAGGAAAAACUUGUGCAUGUUAUAUUUUAUUCCUCUCUCUUCUGUCCCCUCUGAUCCAGGCCACUGAAAAUACUCACUUUGAGUGAGAAUUUUUCAACCAUAGAAAAAUAUAGCCCCAAAGCCAUGUGGAGAAGGAGAACCCAUCUCCUUGCACUAUGCUGAAACAUACAUUCCUUUUCUUAUGUAUGCUUUCUUGUCCCAAAGCAGAAGUAUGGAGUCUUGGGGCUUUGUAAUUCCUGUUCUCUGGCUCCCUUUAUAGGUCAUUUGUGUCCUUUGCAAGGUUUGGUAGUCUCACCCUUAGUUUGGAGAAAUUCCCUACUACUCAAAGCACUCUACCUGGCUCUGGACACCCAGUCCCCAGGGCCAACCUACAAGUGAAGGAGGCAGGCCUCUAGAGUAGAGGGAAACAGGCAGGAACCUCCUUGUCCUGAUCUUACAACAGUGGAAGUGUAGGAGAACACCCCACAAAGCUCUGGCUUUAGAAUACUGGGGUUGUUUUGGUUUUGUUUUCUUUAAUUGCAGUUGUUUUAAAAAAUUCAACCUUUCAGACCAGCCCUUCCACUAAACUUUGAUUCUUUUUCUUUACUGCUUUUUUUUUUAAAGUUAAAGUGGGGGGGAGAAAGAAAGAAAGCCCACUCACUGACUCCCCCACCUUGGUCUGUGGGAAUUCCCGUACCCUCUGCCAUCCAUUCUCCUCCCUUCUCCUCAUGCAGUGUCUGUGAAGUAGAGUUUUAUCUGUUUCUUAGGAUGAAAAACGGCAAUCAUCCCACCAGGUGCUGGAAACUGGUCAGCCUUGAAGCAGGCACUUCUGGGACCACAGCUCAGGGAUGUGUAUUUAAUUAUAGGGUCCCCAGAAAGCCCUCUCUUGGCUGCCACAAGUAGCAUCGUUCCUGGACUUGAGAGUCAGACCCUGACAACUUCCUCAGAGUGAGCAGCCCCAGGCCACUGAAUUGAAAGCAAACUUACCUAUAGGUCUGGGCUUCCUCAAGACUUUUGACUGUUCUACACAUGAGCCUCUCUCUGCCCAGGACAAACUGUCUCUUAUCUGGCAGUCUAAGUACACCCAGCUUGCUUGGGUGUCAGCUGUAGGCUCAAAUGGAAGCUGUGAGAAAGGCUAGGGCCUGCUUGCUCCAAACCCAAGAAAAAUGUGCUACUGCUGGAAGCUAAUUUUCUCACCCUGAAGCCAGCCCUGCCAGCCAAAGGGUUCUCUUGCUCUUUGCUGACCUUUUUCUUAGCCAAAAUAUAAUAGGUGAUAAUGUUUUUUACUCAAAUUUCCAUGGGGAAAAAAAGACUACCUCUUGAGUGACAUCCUGGUCGAUUCCUCUCUGGGGAGUGCUGUGGGAAAAGAAUACUGUAGCUCCCGUGCUGUUUACAUGUUUCUGUCGGGAACGAAACCCUGGACUGUUGUGUUUUUGUCUGUGUUGCCAUCCCAGGCCUGUGAUAGGGGCUUGUGGCUGCAUUGUAAUGUCUGGGCAGUGUCUGGGGAAUCCUUUCCACCUGCCCAGCUAGGGACAAGCCAUCACUAGAAGAGGACUCCACCCCCUUCUUAUGCUCCAUAGCUUGGAUUUCAGGGAUUCUGGUGGCAAGUGCAUCAUGAACCUACCUCAGGCUACCUCCCAGUCCUCCCACAGUCCUGUGUAGGAAUCGAAUGAAUGGAUGUCUCUGAGCCCUUGUUCCCAAAGGGCCGGCCAAGGGCUGCCUGCCAGCCUGGCUCCAUCAACCCUGCAUGACCAAAUGAUAGUUGGCGGGCUCUGCAGGCUGCUCAGGCCCUCUGCUACCUCCCACACUUGCCUGCUGGCGAGGGGUGGGCCCUGUUCUGUGAAUUGACUACCUGUGGAAAUGUGACCAAUUAGUAUGAAAUGCAUGUUUAGCAAGUAUUAGGUACUGUAUUUGAACCAAUAAAUGUGAAUCCUCUGCACAUGCCA